CCUCUAAGGAGCCCAAACUUUCCAGUAGCACUACCGGCGGCUGCUGCACCAGGGUUGCUGGCACACCUCGUAAAAGAAAGAAAGAACGAAAGAAAGAAAGAAAACAAACAAAGAACUCUUGAUUUUGAUAUAUUUGCUACCUAGCAAAUUAGUGUGACAUUUCAUAUUGAAGUUCUUUGCAUUUCCAGUGAAGCGGCCCCUUGGUGUGAAAAAAAGAAAAUGAGAGCUCUGCUUUGCACCGCUUUGCUUUCUCUGACCCUGGCCAGCAGUGUGUACAGUGAUACCGACAGCACUGCUUCUGCACCAGUCAACGCAGCAGAGACUGAACUUGGUGAUCAGAACCGUGUGUUUGCCAGUCGCGGCUCCAACAUCACUCUACCAUGCCGGCUCCACCGCCGGCAUGGGAUGUCUUUCGGCCGCAUGGGCAUAAGGAUCAAGUGGACCAAGCUGUCUGCGGAUGAGUCACUGGAGGAAGAUGUGCUGGUGUCCAUGGGCUUCCACAAGAAGAGCUACGGCAGCUUCCUGGGCCGUGUCCGCCUGCUGGAGGCUGACGAUGAUGACGCCUCACUGCACAUCAACGACGUGUCCCUGGACGACAUGGGAAAGUUCCGUUGUGAAGUCAUUGAUGGCAUGGACGAUGUCAUUCAUGAGGUUACCUUGGAGGUGCAAGGUAGUGUAGGCUACAGCGACGGUGUGGUGUUCCCUUACUCCCCACGGCUGGGUCGAUACAACCUCAACUUCCACCAUGCCGAGCAGGCUUGCCUGGACCAGGACUCUGUGGUGGCCUCCUUCGACCAGCUCUACAAGGCCUGGAGGAGUGGCCUUGACUGGUGCAAUGCCGGUUGGCUGAACGACGGCUCCGUGCAGUACCCCAUAACCAACCCCAGACAGGCCUGUGGAGGAGUCAACUCCGGUGCGGGCCUGAGAAGCUACGGCCAGCGCGACAAGUCCAAAAGCCGCUACGAUGUCUUCUGCUUCACCUCUGCCGUCAACGGCCACUUCUACUGGCUGGUGCAGCCCGACAAGCUAACGUUCAACGAGGCUGCUCAGGCGUGCCAGGAUGACGGAGCUGAGAUCGCCAAGGUGGGUCAGAUGUACGCUGCAUGGAAGCUGAACGGCUAUGACCGCUGCGACUCUGGCUGGCUGGCUGACGGCAGUGUCCGCUACCCCAUCUCCAGACCCCGCAGGAACUGCAGCCCGACAGAGGCGGCUGUGCGCUUUGUGGGAUUCCCCGACAAGAAGCAAAAGCUCUUCGGCGUCUACUGCUUCAAGGGCCAGCAGUGAAGAGGAAAUGGCUUAGCCCUGAGCACCAAACCCAUAUAACCAUCAAAGAAAAACAACAACAACACCACCAAUAAACAAAAUAUGCAUAUCAGGACUUAAUUUGCAUGAAGUAGCAUCAGCUCAUUACCUUACCAAUACUGUGAUACAUUUGUUUUAAUGAAUAGUGUAAAAUCUCAUUUUUCAUACCACAACCGAUCCAAGGCUAUUUUCUAAGCUGAAACAAGCGUUAUUCCUUAACAUUUUCAGUCAUGUAAUACGUUGCUCAUAUAAUAUGACAAUACCAUUUUUAGUUAUACAAAAUGUUGGUCACAUAAUAACACGGUACUAUGGUUGAAAUGGACUGGAUGAGUUAUCUUCUAAGGGCUAGAUUCAAUCAGAUCAGCUUUAGCCAACAUCUAUAUAGCGAUUUGUUUUGGCGCUGUUGGAGGUGGAACUGCAUUAGAGCUGUCAAAUUGGCGAGUAGCUCGUCUUGAUCACUGUUGCAAAGCCACAACCGUCCCAUUCGCAUUAAAAUUGUAGGCUACAGAGAAAUAAUGUUCUAAUUGAAAAUCAUUCAAUGAAAUGAGGAUUUCUGUCACCGUAUUCAAGGUGUAGAUUACGUCUCACAUUCCAGUGUUUGAACCUGGAAACAAGGCUACAAGGGAUUUCUCUUAAUUCUACUCCGUGCAGCCAAUUGCAACAUCCCCUUUAGGUAUAAUUCCAGGAGCCACUUGUGGAUUUGACAGCUCUAACACAGUUCCAACACCGCAAAAACAACCCCUAUGCGGAUGUCGGCUAAAGCAGAUCUGAUUGAAUAGAGCCCUAACUAACAUGUACUGUGGCCUAUCUAGCAGCUUAUGAGCUAAAUUGCAUGAACAUAAAGACCACUGUUUGACUAUGGCAGAAGUCUAUUUGGAUUUCAGUAACACUUGCACAGUAAUGCUACCACAAAAAAAUCACAUAUAUAUUUCAAUCCGAAUCUGAAGUGAAUAUUCAUCUGAGCAGAGGGGCAUUUCACAAAGGAGAUUCAAGCUAACUUUCCUGAAACAGCAAACUAGGAUAUUGUUUCAGAAUUUCAGAAAUGUUUGCUAUUAAUUUACAGACCCUAAUCUCUGAAAAACACCUUUGUAUUUCUGCUUUUAUUUUACUGAUACCUUUCUCUCCUCAGAUAAAAGUCAGUGAAGGAAUAAUCUCAGCGUACAAUAGGCCUAGUGUUUAAAAACAAUGACCUAGCCAUCCAAUCACAGCCAAGUGCAUAUCAGGAUUGCAAUACAAUUGGAGUGAAUCCUUGCAAACUAAGCGGGAACUCUGAUAUUGGUAUUUAACAGCAGUACAGAAACAGCUGUAUGUCUGUGUAACACUGGAAUGGCAGCCAAACAGGGAUCCACAUUGACAAACUGCUGCUGUUGCAAAGGAUUUGGGUUGAUUGUACAUCAUCGCCGAAGUUACGAGCUGCAAAGGGCUUACAUUACACUUCUCAGGGCAUGCAACCCCCUUUAAGAUCCCGUUGCUAGUGUGCAACAGUGCUUUAAGACAGUGCCUUAAGCCUUAAGCCAGGUGACCAUUUUGGGUGAUCCAUCCAGGCCACCCAAGACCUGCUUUGAGAACUGCCAAUUGUAUAAUUCUGUCAAAACGAUGUUGAGCAGCUUUUACCUUCACGCACAAAUAAAAACGCAGGGUCUGACUCAAAUCCUGACUUGAAGAGGUUGGUCCAGUCCAGACUCGAAGAUCAAAAGAGUCACAAAGCAUUUCAGAACAAAUAUAAAGUGGGAAAAAAGAGAGACUAGAAAUAUUCCAUCUGACUUGUGGUCUAUAUAUGUUAUUGCUGCUUUGUAUUCUCUUAGCAUUAGAAUACUAAUCGUCCCCUAAGGACAUGCAGGAGGUCGACAACUGAGAUCUGUGUUGACUGAAAUCACAACCACUAGCCAAUAUUUGCCAAUAAAACUGAUCAUACAAUUUUUUUUGUGUGUGUUGUAUUUCGGCUAACCUUUUUCUCUUUCCUAGAUCUGGCAUUGACAGGUAGCAUGUGGUUAUUUGGUUGAACCUGAUUUACUAACUGCAGUUAGAUAAAAAAUAGACUGACACACAUUCCUCGGUGGAGGUAUUAUUUGUUUUCUAAUGCCUAGUACCUUUUUAAACAAAAGACCAAACUGAAAAUAAAAACUUGGUGAUAGA